AUGGUCAUGCAACUCCGCAAAGUCACCUGCCACCCCUACCUCUUCGAUGGCACCGAGCCCGGUCCGCCGUACACCACCGACGAGUACCUGGUCGAGAACGCCGGCAAGAUGGUUGUCCUCGACAAGCUCCUGCGCAGGAUGAAGGAGAGGGGCUCGCGCGUGCUCAUCUUCAGCCAGAUGAGCCGUAUGCUCGAUAUUCUAGAGGACUGUUGCUUGUUCCGCGAGUACAAGUACUCCGGAUCGACGGUGCCGGAUAGCGAGAAGUUCAUCUUCCUGCUCACGACGCGUGCUGGUGGUCUGGGUGUCAACCCUACAACGGCCGACAUUGUCGUACUGUACGACAGCGACUGGAAUCCUCAGGAGGAUGUGCAGGUCAUGGACCACGCUCACCGUAUCGUGUUGGAGCGUGCCGCGCAGAAGUUACGUCUCGACCAGCCGGUCAUCCAGCAAGGUCGCCAGACGGCUCAAAAGCAGGCGAACGAGGAGGAGCUGAACUCGCCCGACUAG